AUGCGUAAAAUUAACGUACCGGCAAAUCGAUUCACGCCAUUGAAAAAGGAAUGGAGAAAAAUUUACGAACCUUUAGUGAAACAUUUGAAUUUGCAAAUUAGAAUGAAUACAAAGACCAAUAACGUCGAAUUAAAAACAUCCAAAUAUACAACCGAUCCAAGUGCAUUACAAAAAGCCGCUGAUUUUGUUAAGGCUUUUAUGAUGGGAUUUGAUGUUGAUGAUGCUAUAGCUAUAUUACGUGUAGAUGAUUUGUAUAUAGAUUCAUUUGAUAUCAAAGAUGUUAAAACUUUAGAAGGUGAUCAUCUAUCUAGAGCUAUAGGUCGUAUAGCAGGUAAAAAUGGAAAAGUAAAAUUUGCAAUUGAAAAUACUUCGAAAACCAGAAUAGUGUUGGCUGAUUCGCAACAACAAUUCAGACAUAGAGGCCGAGGCCGUGACAAUAAUUCUAGAAAUAAUGAUCGUGGCUUUCAUGAUAAUAACGAUUAUAAUGAUAAUAUGAGAGGGACCGAAUACUUUGACGAAGCUAGGCCCAAUGAUAAUAACAACAAUAAUGCAAGACAACAAUUCAGACAAGCUCCAGUACAAAAUAAUCCACGUCAAUUUACAGAAGAAGUUCAAAAACAACAGCAAAUACUAUCUAAUAAUUUCAGCUCUUCUCAAUUAUCUUACGACGGUAGUGAUAAAAUUGUGUUUCUUAUGGAAAGCGAUAUUUAUGAAAAUACUUGGAGAAGAAAAGUUCGGAAGAAACUAGAAAAUCAACAUCAUAUAAGACGUUUUGUUAAUUCAUGUCUUAUAGACACUGACAAAAAUGGCAGUGAUAUCGAAGAAUUGGUCACUGGAUUAGGGAGUCCUGAUGGGUUGAACAGAAUUCGUGAAAUCGUGAUGUUUGAAGUAUCAGUUGAUGCGGGUUUACAAUCUAGUGUGGCUUCAUAUCAAAGAGUCAUUUUGCCAUUUUUAGCUCUAUUAAUCCGUUCAGGAAUAAUUAACUCUGUUUAUGAAACUAAAAUUCAUGCAAUAUAUUCUGUUAUUUGUUCAAAUAUGGAGCAAUUUAUUGCUGAAAAAGUUAUCACUAUGUUGGAAAUAAUUGUUGAAAGAAAUUCCUUGGUAGACAAUCGUGACGCAAGAGAGAUCAUUUUCAAUGACGAUCCAGAUUCUUUUAUACCAACUUCGAUUGGUCAAUUCUUUUUGGUUAUAGUCAGAUUGUUAAAUCAACUUCUUAAGCGUUUCAAAAAUCUUUCUAGCGAUCCUAUCAUGUUUAAAGUUUAUGACAGAUUAGAAGUUGCGAUAACGAAAUGGAAAUCUUCUUUCCAAUCAAGGACUUCAAUAAUUGAUACGCACGAUCCUAUUGCUACUAAUCCGGAUAGUAGAAAUUAUUUUUUUAAUAUUUUGGAUAAAGAAAUGAACCUCUUCAAAAGUUAUUUGACCAUUUAUAAUAAGCCAAAAGAACCAACCAAAUCUACUACAACUGCACAAAGUUUCUUUUCAAAACUUUACAAAGGAAUUGGAUUAAAAAUUGAUUCUGCGAGAACUUAUGAUCCACCAGGCGAUCUUUCAAAUGAUGGUCCAAGACACAAUAAUGACCAUAGUGAUAUUACAAAAAUAUCAAUUAUACCAACAAAAGAAGAAAUAUUAUGUAAUCGAGAGCCAUUUUUGCCAGAAGUAAUACAAGAUGCACAACACUGGUUACCUCAUGGUCCAGAACGUCUUCUAGACAUUAGGUUUAGAUUGUUACGUGAGGACAUGUUAUCUCCGCUUAGAAAUGGAAUAUGUAGUUUUGUUAAUACGCUUAAUGAAUUCACAAAAAAUAACGAUGCUCGUUUGAAAAGAUUUCGUGAAAAUGGUAGAUUUAAAGAUGAAAAUAAUAAAAUAGAUAGCGGCGAUCUUCAUUUAUACAACGAUAUCAAAUUCACUAAUAUAAAUGUUGAUAAAAAACGUGGUCUUCUAUGCAAAGUUGCUUUUCAACAACCACGCAUGAGAUCGGCAAGAACUGAGAAAGAUAGGCAACAAUAUUGGGAAAAAAGUCAAAAGUUAAUGAACGGUAGUUUAGUUUGUUUGAUAUGGCCAAUGGAUGAUGUGACUAUGUUAAAUCGAGUAACGACAAGAAUAAAUGAAAUUGAUAAUCAAGAACCUGUUAAUAAUAAAUACGAGUUAUUUUUUGGUACUGUUGCAACACGUAACGAAAAGGCAAUGGCUAAAGACAAAAACAUAUGUGAAGUUGAAAUUGAAUUUAUGGAUAUUCCAACUCUUCAAACUAUCGAUCCUAAAACAAUGCCGUUUACAAAUUAUUUGGCAUCAAUUCCAACUGAUAAAGAUAAUAAAAAAGUUGGAAUUCCAACUUAUGCAAGUGCCCCUUCGUUUCAAUUUGAUUUGUCAGUUUUACUUACAGCUAAAAAUCGAAAUCGAAACCUUCGUUUGAAUGUCACAGACAAAAAAAGUCAUGAUCAUGUAAUUAAUGAACUUAUUCAAUAUAGCUCAUUAGAUGAUACGCAAGCGAGUGCUCUUGUAUCAUCACUUUCUAAAGAAAUCGCGUUGAUUGAAGGUCCACCUGGAACAGGAAAAUCAUAUGUUGGUGUUCAAUUAAUGAGAGUUCUUCUUGCGCCUCAAAAUCGCGAAGCAACUAAAUUAGGUCCAAUUUUGACAAUCUGUUUUACAAAUCACGCACUCGACCAAUUUUUAGAGGAUCUCUUUGAAGCCGGAUUAGAUAAUUUCGUAAGAUUAGGAUCUCGUUCAAAAUCUGAAGUAAUUAGAGAAUUUAAUCUUGAGGAUAUUGUUCGUAAUAGACCAAAAACUCCUCGUGAGCGAUAUUUAUUAGCGCAAGCCCACAAAAAACUUGAUGAAAUAAGAGACAGCGUUAAUAAGAUUAAUGAUCAAUUGAACUCACCACGGCUUACUUGGAAAAAUGUAGCAUCAUUUUUGGUAGAUGAAUAUCAUGAAUUUUAUUCAAAAUUUAAUAGGAAGCCAGACGAAAUACCGAGUUUUCUCCUUGAUACUUACAAUGUUAAACACAGCCCACAUGAUGAUGAUGAAUGGCAAACUCAGGAUAAAAAAGGCCGUCGCAUUAAUAGACAUUGGUUCGAACAGUGGUUAAGUGGCAUUGAUCUUCAAAAAGCACGUCAACAUAAAACUCACUGGACUGAACCAAAAAGGGAUAGGAAUUUGGAAGAAUUACUACAAGACACAAAUAUCUGGCGAAUGUCACAAAAAGAAAGAUUGACCUUGCAUGAUUUUUGGAAGCAGGAAAUAAAUAAAGAGCUGACUGAAGAAUUAUCUAAUUUACAACGUCAAUACAAAGAAAAUGCAAAAGAGCUGGAAAGGAUUUUUGAUCAAGGCAGAAAAUUGGUCUUGGAUAAAUGUGAUAUGAUUGGAAUGACAACUCAUGGUGCUGCAAAAUAUCAGUCUCUCAUAAAAUCUGUUAAUCCGAGAAUAAUUGUUUGUGAAGAGGCUGGUGAAGUACUGGAGCCACACAUCUUGAGCUCUUUAUCGCCGUCUACACAACAUUUGAUACUUAUUGGGGAUCAUAAUCAAUUAAGGCCACGUUGUGCCACAUAUAACUUGACAAUGGAUUCAAGAACUGGAGUAAAAUAUCAACUGGAUAAAAGUUUAUUUGAAAGGCUUGUGCAUGGUGAUAAUGCAAUGAAGCUGGAAAAGUCACAAUUAACUACUCAAAGGCGAAUGAGAGCCAAGGAAAUAUCUGAUCUUAUAAGAAGAGCAUUAUAUCCAAAUCUCGUGGACCAUGUUGAUACCAAGAAAUAUGAAAAUGUUCGUGGAGUACAACGUAAUGUCUACUUCCUUGACCAUAGACACCAAGAGGAUGUUGAUCUUAAUGAACAUGCAAUAAGAUCGCAUUCAAAUAAAUAUGAAGUUGAAAUGAUUGUGGAAAUGGUGAAAUAUUUUGUAAGGAAUGGUUAUACAAGUGAAGGAGACAUUGCAGUUUUAACUCCGUAUCUUGCUCAAAUGAUCAAGAUAAGAGAUGCAUUAAAAAAAAAAUUUGUCGUGCUUUUGGACGAGAGGGAUGAGAAAGAAAUUUCACUUAUGACUGAAGAAGAUAAUGAAGAAAGUGAGAAUGCACAUGAGGAAUCCUCUUUAUCGGAUACUCAAAGGUUUCAAGUUGCAACAAAAAAAGAUUUAAAUCAAAAGGUUACUUUGAGAACUGUCGAUAACUUUCAAGGUGAAGAAGCAAAGAUUGUCAUCAUAUCACUUGUGCGUAAUUCUCCCAAUUCAGGCGAAGAAAUAAGUGGUUCCAUUGGAUUUUUAAAAUCUACAAAUCGUACAAAUGUUUUACUUUCACGUGCAAAACAUGGAAUGUAUUUGCUUGGUAAUGCUGAUCUAAUGUCAACAGGUUCUGAUAUGUGGAAAACUGUUGUAAACAUUCUAAGAUCUCGCGAACAAGUUGGAACCGGAUUUCCUAUUGAAUGUAAUAUACAUAAAUUUUAUAAGAACGUGAUAACAGAAGCGAAACAAUUUGAAGAAGUUUCACCAGAUGGUGGAUGUUUUGAAACUUGUAAACAACAAUUACCUUGUGGUCAUUCAUGUCCAUACAAAUGUCAUUCCGAUGAUCCCGAGCACGUUACUGUUUAUUGUAAAAAACCUUGCGCAAGAAUGCAUCGAGAGUGUGGACAUCCAUGCUCUAGGUUAUGUGGAGAUGAUUGUGGUUCGUGUAAAUUUGCAGUUGGUGAUAUUCUUUUGCCAUGUGGGCAUAAUUAUAGGGACGCCAAAUGUGAUCAAGAACGUAAUAUCACAUCUAUUCGAUGCCGAAAAAGAGUUAUUCGUCGUCUAGUUCAUUGUGAACAUGAACAAUCAGUAGAGUGUUGGAAAAAUCUUUCUGAUGUUGAUUGUAUGCAAAGAUGCGGCUCAUUUCUGCCAUGCGAGCAUGAAUGUGAAUCUAAAUGUCACGAGUGUCAGAGAAGAUCAGCGAAAGCAGGCGAAAAUACUUUGAAUGCAUUAACCGGUGUGCAGGACAUUGUUAGAUCACAUCACGCACCUU